AUGGCCGUCGCAGACAUUCUCCUCCUCGGUGCUACAGGUUACACAGGCCGCCUCAUAGCCCGAUACCUCUGCAACCAUCCCCAACGUGCGACCUUCACCCUCGCCGUCGCCGGGCGUUCCAAAGUCAAACUAGAGUCCCUCAAGACCUCUGUCGCACUCGACGACCGCGUCGAGCUCCUACAAAUCGAUGUCGCAAAACCCGAAGAGCUCGACGCGGCCGUGGAGGGCGUGAAGGUCGUCAUCAACGCCGUGGGCCCGUACUGGCGUUGGGGCACAGAAGUUGUCAGAGCGUGCACGAGGCAUGGUGUGCACUACGUCGACCUCGCCGCAGAGACGCCGUGGAUACAGAAGAUCAUAUUCAAGUUUGACUACUUUGCGUCCAAGACCAAUACAAUCAUCAUCCCCUCAUGCGGCCUUGUGUCCGCGCCCGCCGACCUCCUCGUCCACCUUGCGAACAAAACGCUCAAGGAUACACUCGGCCCUGAUGUCUCGCUCGGCGAGUCCCUCACUGUCUACGACAUGCCGGGCCUCGCGUCGGGCGGGACGUACGCGUCUGCGCUGUCAUUGUUCGAAGACGUCCCUCGUGCGAGGCUCACCGCAGCAAUGCAGGAUUAUUCUCUCAGCUCCGCCAUCCACGGCGCGCCCAGCGAGUCGCUUCAGCUCGCCCGCCCCGUCCCCUUCACGCGCUCGGGCAAGCACGCGACGUUCCACCCAAUCUCGUUCCCGGACCGUGCGGUCGUACAGCGCACGUGGGGCCUGCAUGCCCUCGCCGCGCAGUCAGUGGGGCUCGCGCCCGAGGACACUGACAGCGCGCGUCGGCGGACGUACGGCCCCCGCUUCACGUACGACGAGGGCGCGCUGUCCCCGGUUCCCUGGAGCGUUCCGUCGGCGCUGAUUAGCGCAGGGUGGCUGGUUGGGCUUACGCUGCUGAUGAUCUUCCCACCUGUGCGAUGGAUCUUCAAGGCAUUCGUACCCUCGCCCGGGGAGGGCCCGUCAGACAAGGUGUUGGAGGCAGGAUUUAUAGAGGCGACGAACUACACCACAUCUGCUCCAAGCCCAGACCUGCCAGAAACACACGUCAAGACCGUGCUGCGCGGGCGAGGAGACCCUGGGUAUCUCUUGUCGUCCAUGAUAAUAUCAGAGUGUGCGCUUGCCCUCCUGCUCGACAAGUCGUUACUGCCCCCGCUCGCGCGCGUCGGCGGGGUACUUACGCCCGCGAGCGCACUUGGGGACGUACUCAUCAAUCGCCUGGAGGCGUGCGGACGCUUCGAGUUUGAGAGCGUGGUCGUUCCGCCGGAGGAGUAG